AUGAAUACUAUUGGUACUGGUAAUAUCAUUUCCCAGUAUUUGAAUACGUCCAAUAACAGUAGUGAUGAAUUGAAAGUAGUGGUACAAGAGCAGAUAGAAAAGGCCAGAAAUGAAACCAAAGAUCUCCAGAACCAAAUUGAAAAAGUCAAGGCUAGGAAACAGGAUACAAAUUUGUUGGAAAUGACGGCUAGUGUGCCGGCAAUCACGCCUGGGGCAAUCAACCUAAAACCUGUUGGCAUUUUGAAAGGUCAUACUAACAAAAUUGCCGAUUUCAGAUGGAGUAGGGACUCUAAACUUAUCUUGAGCGCGAGUCAGGAUGGAUUUAUGAUUGUAUGGGAUAGCUUGACGGGACUCAAGAGGAGCGCAAUCCCUUUGGAUUCACAAUGGGUGUUGACAUGUGCACUAUCUCCAAGUGGGGCUCUUGCUGCAAGUGCUGGGCUUAACAAUAAUUGUACAAUUUAUAGAAUGCCACGAGGUAGUGCUGUACAGCAGAAUGUAACCUCAAUAUUCAAAGGUCAUACUGGGUAUAUAUCUGGUGUUGAAUUUGUCUCUGAGUCCCGUGUGGUUACAUCGAGUGGUGAUAUGACCUGUGCCCUGUGGGAUAUACCUAAAGCAAAGAGAGUUAGAGAGUAUUCGGAUCAUUUAGGAGAUGUUCUGGCAAUAUCAAUCCCUGUUACCAAUCUGAGCAAAAACAAUAUGUUUGCUUCUUGUGGUUCUGAUGGAUACACUUUUAUCUGGGAUGUCAGAUCACCUUCAGCGGUACAGCAAUUUUCAAUUGGCAGUUGCGACUCCAAUUGUCUGAAAUUCUUUCCAGAUGGAAAUUCAGUUGCAGUGGGUAAUGACGAUGGUACCAUAUCAUUAUUUGAUUUGAGGGCUGAUUGUACAAUAGCAUUGUAUUCAAUUAAUGACCGGGGUUCCCCGCUUCAAAAGGAGAAUGUGUUCUUGAACUCUAACGAGUAUCAAAGCAGCAGUAGUUCCCCAAAAUCACCCAUUUCUUUGGCAACAAAUUAUUUCGAGGACCGAGGAGUGAUAUCACUUGAUUUUAGUGGUUCUGGGCGUCUUAUGUAUUCUUGUUAUAUCAACCUUGGUUGCCAAGUUUGGGAUGUUUUAAAGGGUGAGGUUGUAUACAGUCUAGAAGGACAUGGCAAUAGGCUGGCUGGUGUCAAGUGUAGCCCCGAUGGAAUGGCCAUUUGUACUGGUUCUUGGGAUCAAACUUUAAAACUGUGGACCCCUCAGUAUGAGAAAACAAAGACACAUUAG